GACUGCGUUUCAGAAUUGCCAACUUGAUAUAUUGUGCUUUCGCAUGUCUAUAUCGAGGAACCAAGGGAGCCGUCACACAAAAGCAAGAUGGAGGAUCUCGCAGUCGAAGUAUGCGGCGAAAACGGAGCAUAUUAUAAGGCCUUUGUCACCGAUGUCUUUGAAGAAGAACUUUUGGUAGCAUUUGAAAAUGAUUGGCAACCAGAAUCAAAGUUUCCAUUUGCUGAAAUUCGUCUCCCCCCAAAAGAUGGCCCGAAACCUGAGUUCCAGGAGAAUCAGGAAAUCGAAGUAUUAUCGCGGUCAAACGAUCAGGAGGCUUGUGGAUGGUGGAAGGCGAUCAUUAAGAUGAUCAAGGGAGGAUUCCUAGUCGUUGAAUAUUUAGGCUGGGAAUAUGCAUAUUCUGAAAUAGUUGGCAGUGAGAGAUUAAGACCGAAAAACCCUAAUUCACCUAUCGAUAAAAAUACCUUUCAUAAAAUUGAAAUCGAUGUACCUGAAGACCUUCGCGAGUUUGCGAAAAUGGAUAAUGUACACAAGGAAUUUCAAAAGGCAAUAGGGGCGGCAGUGUGCCGAUAUGUGCCUGAACGUGGAGUAUUGCUGGCCAUCUCCCGUCAUGAAAAUAUACGUCGUCACAGCAGCAUGCUCCAGGAAAUGCAUUUUCGAAAUUUAUCUCAAAAGGUACUUCUUUUAAAAAGAACAGAAGAAGCAGCACGACAACUUGAAUCAACAAAGCUGCAAACGAGUGGAGGGUACACUGAUGAGUUCAACGUUCGAGAAGACUUAAUGGGCCUAGCUAUUGGAGCUCACGGAGCAAAUAUUCAGCAAGCCAGAAAAGUUGAUGGAAUUACAAACAUAGAAUUAGAGGAAAAUUCAUGCACAUUUAAAAUUUACGGAGAGACGCACGAAGCUGUAAAAAAGGCACGUUCUAUGUUAGAAUAUAGCGAAGAAUCGAUUCAGGUACCAAGGGUUCUUGUUGGGAAGGUGAUUGGAAAGAAUGGUCGUAUCAUUCAAGAAAUUGUCGAUAAAAGUGGCGUAAUAACAUCUGGCUCGAGUGGGAAUGUACAUACUGAUAGAGUACGAGUUAAAAUUGAAGGAGACAAUGAACCUCAACCGACUAUUCCGAGGGAAGAGGGUCAAGUGCCCUUCGUUUUUGUUGGUACAGUUGAAAGCAUUGCAAAUGCUAAGGUUUUAUUGGAGUACCAUUUAGCUCAUUUAAAGGAAGUAGAACAACUUCGGCAAGAGAAACUUGAAAUUGACCAACAAUUGAGAAAUAUGCAUGGAGCCACAACUGGUCCAAUGCCCAAUUUCCCUCCCGUGAGGCGAGGAAUGUCAGCGGGGCCUGAAGAAGGCGGCGGAGGUCGUGGAGGCCGAGGUGGUCAGGGAGGCAGGGGUCGCGGUCGAGGAAGAGCUCCUCCGAGACACAAUACUGGUAUGCGUCGGGAUAAUAUGGAUGGAAAUGAUGAUCGUAUUCGGGAUCUCCCACCACGAGGGGGACACCAAGGAGGUUUAGGAAACUCAAGCUACGGUGGACGACAGGGUAGACCUUCAAAUCAACGCAGAGAUCGCAGGGACGAUCGUCGACGAACGACAGACGACCAGGAUACAGUUCUUGACAGUCAAGAUGUCGCGAUUAUCGAUAGAGAAUCAGUAUCAAGUGUGGAAGGCGGACCUAAGAGCACAAACCGAAGACGACCGCGCCGAUUUAGACAUCGCAGUUCCACUCCUACGUCUGUUUCGAAAGGUGGUAAUGCGGGUCCAGGUGAACACGGCCAGGGGAAUAUAACCAGUAAGGAGGGAACACCCUCAAAUGACAUAACGACAUCAAACAACAGUUCUCAGGGCGGUCCCAAGGGACAACGUGAGCAACGCACUCGUAAUCCUCGCAUCCAGUCAGGCAACAAGCCAAAAGAGACUCUGGUUAAUGGCACCAGUGGCUAAAACAAAAAAGAAGAAAAAAAUUUACAAAAAUAACAAAAUCGCAGAUUACGAAUUUUCCACGAACGUAAGACUAUACAAAAAAAAAGAAAAAAUAACCCGAAGAAUUUUUUCGUACAAUCAACAUCUUAAAUGUACGCAACAUGACGCUAAAUCCCCUUAAAACCCCCUCAUAAAGGACUUCACGAUUAUGGAACGCGACAUGAUUUUUAGUCUAUGCUCGUUGUUAAGACUGUUUGCUACCGAUAAGAAUUAUGACACUUGUUUAAGAAAAAAAAAAUCGUCAUUCUCCUUAAAAAAUGAAAAACUAAAAAAAAAAAUGAAAAAAAAAUCAUUUAAGGACACGUAUAAAUAUCCAUGCAUGGUUUAGUUUAAAAAAAAAUGAUAGUCAUUACACUAUCAUUAAUUUGAUAUAUGGACACAUUCAUUGGGAGGUAGUUAACAGCACAAUUUGAUAAUGAGAAUAAUUCCCCCUCCCUUCCCCGGUCCCCCUGAUUGUGAAACUGUGCCUCAUUUUUAUACCGAGCUCCUAAACUUAUCCGACAGCGCUUUGGAUGUGUACCAUUUAAAAAAAAACACGUACCAACGCCAAAUCGUUUGUUCACUUUCAACGAUCCAAUAAUAAUAAGAAAAAAAAAAGAAAAAAAAGCUCUUAAACGUUGGCUGCUUGUAAACGCUAAAUUUGAACGAUCUUUUGUUUUAUUUUGCUAAUUAUUCUCUAUGAAACUUGACUCCAGAGAAAAAAGUACUCUAGACUGAUUAAUAUAUUGGUACUUAGAAAACUUACCGUUCAAAUUUGAUUUUUCGAACAAGCAGCAAACUUAAGAGGUUGUCAAAGACUCUCAAAGGUGAUGCCUAAUUUGUUUGUUAUCCCUUUGGUUUUUAUUUUGUUUUUAUUCUUUUUGGGGAAAAAUAACUACGUAUUCGUUUAAUGCAAUUGACGAAAAAAAGAAGAAGAAGAAGAAGAAUGGUGAAACUGAGUGGAUUUAAUUAAACGUUAAAACGGCAGCUGUGACAAUUUCCCAGAUUUAAAAUAUUCCCAAUGAUGUUCCUUUUUUUAUUUACUUCACAAUUUUUUGAGUUUCUUUUUUUUCUUUGAUUUACUACUCUUAGAGUUACUUAACAAGUCUAGAUUUUUAUGUUUCAAUAAUUGAGUGCUAAUUAAUAAUUGUACUACCAUGAAGAGCGCUAAAACUGGCUUAUUUUAUUUUCUUUCUUGAAAAAAAAUUUUUUAUUCACAUUACACACACUUAAGUGUGCACUCGUAAUAUGAUCGUUUCUUUUUUUUAUUAUUCCCAAUUAUUACACUUUUUCACUAAUUUAGUUGCAUUUUUUCUGUAACUAUGAUAUAAUCCAAUUAUAACGAAUAAUAGAUUUCUUUUUUAAUAUACAAUUCGUUUUUGCAUUGUUUCACAAUGAUUUAUAUAUGAAAAAAAACGGUAAACGUAUACUUAGUAAUACCAAUGUAUGAUGUGCCAGAGAGAAGGAAUGAUACAUGUUUUAUGAUAUCUAGCUGAAGUGCAGAACUUAGCUCAUACCUUUAUUACUAUAAUACUACUUAGUCAAAAAAAAAAAAAAAAAAUGUGGAUGUCUGAACAAAUAAACUAGCUUUACUAUACUAAGCUAUUAAAUAGAUACGAUAAGCGGUUUUAAAUUGAUUUGAUCGAUUUAAAACUGACGAGUCUUUUCUUCCGGAUAUGACAACAACUUAAUUGACGUGUCUUUUGUGAAUCAAAGUGCAAAGUUUUUUUUUUUUUUAAAAAAAAGGAAAAAGAAAAGCAGAAAAUGAUUCAAUGUAAAACUUAAUGACACAUACCAAUUGCUGUCGUAACAUCAAUGGUAAAAAAAAAUUGUGACAGCCAAAAAAAAAAACUGAGAUAUCCCCCAACUUGCUUGUUUCAGAUACAUUUGUAUUGAUUGCAAUUUGUGCAUAAUUUAAGAAUAAAACAUUUCUGUACAUA